AUUGGCUUUGCUUCGUAGUUUGGCUUGCAUCGGAUAGCUUGAGGAAGUGCGGCUUUGCCUUUUAGUUUCGACGGCAAAUACAAGGAGGAUACACUAGGCUACUCAGCACUAGAAACUGGCUGCUUAGGGAGUCCAAAGUUUUCCUUCGUGUUAAAGGGCUCGUUGCGUUCUUUUUAUUCACUGCAAAUGGCUUUUACAGUGUGACUAGCUUCAUCUAAACUGAGAAAGCCCACGGAGCCUGCGCUAAAAGAAAGAAGAAAAAAAGUUUGCAGUGAUGCAGCUGGACAUGAGGUGCAGACCUUGAGGCCACUGGAGAGACAUCAUGGCAGCCCCACUCAGUGCGUGUCCACAUGUCACCACUGUUGGGGACUUUACCAAGGAGGAUAUUGCGCGCAAGCAGGAGCAAUGGCGCUGUGAAUCAUGUGGAGCCAGUGGGCCCAGUCUGUGGGCCUGCCUGUACCGUGACUGCUUAUAUGUGGGUUGUGGCGAGGCAUUUAAGGACCACAGCACUCAACAUUUCCAGGGCUGCUGUGAGCACUCAGUGACACUGAACUUGAGUACACUGCGGGUUUGGUGCUAUCUCUGCGAAAGUGAAGUCUUCCUGGAGAACAAUCGACCUCCACUGCUGGGAGCAUCACCUCGCAUUAGCAAUCAGCCAGCCGGCCACACACGCCGAGCAGCUGCUGCUACUGCCUGUACCACUGCCGACUCGGAUGACGAAGCAGACAGGGAAAACAGCCUCAAACCCAGAGGACUUACUGGCCUGCAGAACCUGGGCAAUACCUGUUAUAUGAAUGCAGCGCUGCAAGCUCUUUCAAACUGCCCCCAACUGACCAACUUUUUCUUGGAUUGUGGCUCACUGGUGCAAUGUGACAAGAAACCAGGCCUUUCGAAAAGCUACAUGCGCCUUGUACGAGAAAUGUGGCACAAGCGCAGGCCUAGCUAUGUAGUUCCAUCUGGGAUUGCAUAUGGAAUAAAGAUGGUCUACCCAGUGUUUCGUGGCUACAGCCAACAGGACGCACAGGAAUUUCUGCGGUGCUUCUUGGACCAACUUCAUGAGGAGUUGAAGGCACCCGUAGGGGCAUUUGCACGGCUGCCUCUUGGGCGGCCGCGGUCACCAACAGCAGAAUCUUCAGAGUCAAGCCUAUCUGAGGAUGAGGAGGACUUUGAGACUUGCGACUCUGGUCUGAGCAGUGAGAAAAGCUCCUGUGGUGAUGAUCAAGAUCUUUUGCUACGAACCCAUGGUGGACAGCAGGAAGGUAUUCGAUUGAUGGCCACAGUAGAGGAAAAGGCUGGUGGAGACUGGCCACCUAUAGAUUCUGCAACCUCUGGAGGAAGUAAAGGUCACCGGGCACGCAAGAUUGCUGCUGCUCAGCGUCUCUGCAGCAUUGUCUCCGAUGUCUUUGACGGCCGAAUCCUGAGCUCAGUACAGUGCCUCACGUGUGACACUGUGUCAACAACACGGGAGACCUUCCAGGACCUAUCGCUACCCAUCCCAAGCAGGGACCACCUGGCUGUGCUGCAUGCAGCUCAGGGCAGUGGCACCACGGGUGUUCCAGGGGCCCACUUACGCGGUGCACUUGAGCCCCAGCAGGGCUGGCUUUCCUGGAUCCUGGGGCGCAUGUUUUCCUGGGUGUUUGGGUGGUUAUGGGGCCCAGGCGUUGCCCUGCAAGAUUGCUUAGCAGCCUUCUUCUCUGCGGAUGAGCUGAAGGGUGACAACAUGUACAGCUGCGACAAGUGUUGCAAGCUUCGCAAUGGCAUAAAGUAUUCACGGGUGCUUCAGCUGCCAGAGGUGCUGUGUAUUCAUCUAAAGAGGUUUCGACACGAGGUGAUGUUCUCGAGCAAGAUCAGCAGUUAUGUCUCCUUUCCACUGGAGGGUCUCGAAAUGGCGCCAUUCUUGCAUUCUGAGUGCCCACGAUCUGCCACAACAUACGACCUAAUGGCUGUCAUCUGCCACCACGGAACUGCAGGCUUUGGUCACUAUACAACAUAUGCAUUGAACCACCUCAAUGAUCAGUGGUACGAGUUUGAUGACCAAUAUGUGACCUCAGUUGAGCCUCAAGUAGUGCAGAACUGCGAGGCCUACGUCCUCUUUUACAGGAAGUCUUCAGAGGAAAUGCUAAACCGGCGGACUCGAACAUACGAGCUCAUGGAACGCAGCCGCAGUGAACCUGGUCUUCUCAGCUUCUUCGUAUCUAAGCAGUGGGUAAACCGGUUCAACACAUUUGCGGAGCCUGGCCCCAUCGACAAUGGGGAUUUCCUGUGUAUGCAUGGAGGUGUGCAGCCAGCCAAGGCACACAUUGCAGAAGAACUCUGCGUCCAGUUGUCCCAGUCUGUCUGGGAAUAUCUACAUGACUCAUUCGGAGGAGGUCCUGCCUGCACCCAUCUCUACACCUGUCCCACAUGCGCGAGUGAGCGGGAAGCUCUAGAGAGGAGGCGCAAAGCUGAGCUGGACACCUUCAUCACACUGAACCGAGAAUUUCAACAAAACCAGGACAGCCCCGGUAUGGUCUAUGCAGUCAGCAUGGCCUGGUUUAAGCAGUGGGAAGCCUUUGUGCGACGCAAGGAUACAGAGGCUCCUGGUCCCAUAGACAACUGGUGCAUCUGUGCUGCUCCCAGAGGUUCAGGCUCCCUACAGCAGAGCUUGCGACCUGGGAGUGACUAUGGCUCCCUCUCGGAGGCCAUGUGGCAGUUCCUGCAGGGCAGCUACGGAGGGGGACCGCAGGUUGUCUUGCACACACGCACUGCAAACCCUCCUAGUCAGCCGGCUCCGCCAGGUGCGGCCAAGCAGACAAGCAAUGAGGAAACUCCCGAAGAGUCCUUGUAGGCAGCAACCCUUGGCAGCGCAUUUUUCUUGUACAUAGAUGUCCACAAUAAAUCUACACCGCAGAUUCCUCAGCACAUAGCAA